AUGUGUGGAGGUGGCUCCAUCACUCUGGAGGCUGCGUUGGCAUUCCCUGGAUGCCUGUUCAUCGGUGCCGAUAUCCAUCCAAAAGCAAUAGAACGAUGCUUACGAAAAUGUGGUGGCACUGAUUUGCUACAAAGUGGCUCGGAAGUGGCGUUCAUCACUUGUAAUGCGGUCAGUCUACCAUUUGCUGAGAGUUCGAUCGACAGCAUUGUCACUGAUCUCCCAUUUGGCAAGAAAAUCGGUUCCAUUGAGGACAACCGGGUUCUGUACCCUAAACUUCUUGUGGAAUGGGAGAGAGUGGUAAAGCCGAGUGGUCGUCUCGUUGUAAUGACUCACGACAAAAGGAGCUGGGGUAAGGUCAUAAUGUUUUUCAAGAAAGCUUUAAACUGA